ACGUAGUUCUAAUAGCUCCACAUUCUUAUUAUCAAGGUCGGUAAUGAGUCUUAGUGGCAAAUAAGAGACAUGGCAGCUAAAUAUGCGCAACAGAGAAUGGAUGCAGGAUUUGACCAUACCCAUGGAUUAUUGUGACAACUAUGGAGUAUGUGGACCGUAUGGAAGUUGUAGUACGGCUACUUUACCUAAUUGUGAGUGCUUGACGGGAUUUGAACCAAAAAACCCGGGUGAACUGAAUCAAUAUAGUGGUGGAUGUAGACGGGUUAAAGCCUUGGAUUGUGGUCUUGAAGAGGGAUUUCUAAAAUUUUCAAGUAUGAAAUUGCCAGACACGGAAAAUGCUUUGUUCCAUAGUAGCAUGAGUCUCUGGGAAUGUGAGUUAGCUUGCAAGGGUAACUGCUCUUGUACUGCCUAUGCAAAUCCAAAUAUCACUACAAAUGGAGUUGGAUGUUUGCUAUGGUUUGGUGAUUUGAUUGACAUCCGAGAGUACCCACUCAACGGGCAAGAUCUUUAUGUUAGACUGGCAGCCUCUGAAUUAUUAGGAUUUGUGGCCUCCAAAAGAUUGAAUAAAAAGAAUAGAGUACUCAUUGUGGUCAUAUCAACUUCAUCAGCUGCGGCACUUCUGUUUGCAGUGGUGUAUGCGUGUAAAAAGAAAAAGAAAAUGCCUCACAUGAAAGUCAAAGAAACCUGGUAUGGCCUUGAUAAAAAGAACACUAGUGUUCAAGUGGAAGAUGUGAAGGAGCUGCCUUUCUUUAGCUUACAUGAAAUAUUGAAGGCUACUGAUGAUUUCAGCAUCAGCAAUAAGAUAGGAGAAGGUGGCUUUGGCCCUGUUUAUAAGGGUAUUUUAGAGGAUGGAAGAGAAGUAGCUGUGAAACGACUAUCAGAAACUUCCCAACAAGGACUUGAUGAGUUCAAAAAUGAAGUCAUGUAUGUUGCCAAACUUCAGCACCGGAAUCUUGUGAAGCUUUAUGGAUACUGCAUUCGAGGAAAUGAAAUGAUUUUAAUUUAUGAGUACAUGGCUAACAAAAGCUUGGACACCUUUUUAUUCGAUGAAAGUAAAACUUCAAUGCUUGAUUGGCCUUGCCGUUUUCAAAUUAUCCAUGGGAUGGCUCGAGCUAUUCUGUAUCUACAUCAAGAUUCCCGCCUCCAAAUCAUCCAUAGAGAUCUCAAGGCAGGCAAUAUUCUGUUGGAUGCUGACAUGAGCCCAAAAAUCUCUGAUUUUGGCCUUGCUAGAAAGUUUGUGGGAUCUGAUACUUUCACCAAGACAAAGAAAGUGGUGGGAACAUAUGGUUACAUUUCCCCGGAAUAUGCAGUACACGGGAAAUUCUCCAUAAAGUCAGAUGUAUUUAGCUUUGGUGUUUUGGUGUUGGAGAUAGUAAGUGGUAAAAAGAACAGAGGAUUUUCUCAUCAAGAUCACAGUGACAACCUUCUUGGGCAUGCAUGGAGACUCUACAAAGAAAACAAGUCUAUUGAACUCAUGAGUGCGUGUUUACGUGACUCCUUCAUCCUCUCUGAAGUACUACGAUCCAUCCAUGUUGGCUUAUUAUGUGUGCAACAUCAUCCAGAAGAUAGGCCAACUAUGUUAUCGGUCAUCCUAAUGCUUAUUAGUGAGGGUGUGUUGCCUGAACCUAAACAACCUGCGUUUUUCACUGGAGAGAGUCACCGUGAAGCUCCGUCCGUGUUAUCAGUUGAUGAAUACAUGAUAACGCAAGUGUAUGCUCGAUAGCUGUUGGAAUUAUGACCCCUAUGAUGUUGGCAAUUUCCUUCCCACCAUAGGAAAUAACAUUCCCAGAAUCUAGCUUGUUACGCAUACUUGAUCCCGUCAUGAUCAGUAUGAGAAAUAGACUAGAAAGAAUGUAUGUAUGCGUAUAGGAAUCACCCAGAUAGUAAUAUAGUUAUAUUAGUAGCUUGUAUUUACUGAAUCAAUACAGAGAAUAACUAACUAAUGUUUUGACCCUAACUGUGACUAUAUAUAAAAAAUUUAUAUGAAUAGAACUAUAUGGCUAUGAUGUUUCAGUUUUAA